AUGGCGAGGAUGAGGCCGCUGCUCUUCGUCACCGCCGUCGUGCUCCUGUGCGCCGCCGAGUGGCAUCUCGUGCAGGCAUACAAGAAGUCCUACAUCGUGUAUCUGGGAGCACAUGCCUAUGGCCGUGAUGCGUCACCCAAGGAGCAUGCCCGCGCAACCGAAUCUCACCAUGAGCUCCUGGGAUCAGUUCUUGGCAGCAAGGAGAUGGCGCAGAACUCGAUCUUCUACUCCUACACGAAGAACAUCAAUGGCUUCGCGGCGCACGUCGAAGAGGAAGUUGCAAACCAAAUUGCAAAGCACCCUGACGUGGUGACGGUGCUGGAGAGCAAGAUGCUGAAGCUGCACACGACGCGGUCGUGGGACUUCAUGGACCUGGAGCGCGACGGCCAGAUCCUCCCCGAUUCCAUCUGGAAGCACGCCAAGUUCGGCCAGGACGUGAUCAUCGCCAACCUCGACAGCGGCGUGUGGCCGGAGUCCAACAGCUUCACCGACGACGGCAUGGGCGAGGUGCCCCAGCGGUGGAAGGGCUCCUGCCAGGACACCGUCAAGUACGCCGUGCCCUGCAACAAGAAGCUGAUCGGCGCGCAGUCCCUCUUCCACGAGCCCGUCACGCUGGGCUCCCUCCACGCCGCCGCCCGCGGCAUCUCCGUCGUCUGCUCCGCCGGCAACUCGGGGCCCUACGACGACACUGUCGUCAACGCCGCGCCGUGGGUCACCACCGUCGCCGCCAGCACCGUCGACAGGGACUUCCCCAACGUCCUCACCCUCGGCAACAGCGUGCACAUGAAGGGGAUGAGCCUGGAGUCCACCACGCUGCACUCCAGCCAGCUCUACCCGAUGGUCGACGCCAGGCACGCCGGGACCGCCGGCACCAGCCCGUACGCCGCCGCCGACUGCGGGAUGGGCACGCUGGACCCCGCCAAGGUGAAGGGCAAGAUCGUCGUGUGCGUCCGCGGCGGCGACGUCCCGCGAGUCACCAAGGGGAUGGCCGUGCUCGACGCCGGCGGGGUCGGGAUGAUCCUCGCCAACGACAGGAUGGACGGCGACGACAUCGUCGCCGACCCGCACGUGCUCCCGGCCACCAUGAUCACCUUCAGCGAGGCCGUCGCGCUGCACAACUACUUGACGUCGACGGACAACCCCGUGGCGAACAUCUCGCCGUCCAAGACGGAGGUCGGCGUGAAGAACUCGCCGUCGAUCGCCGGCUUCUCCUCCCGCGGGCCCAGCGGGACCUUGCCAUCCGUCCUGAAGCCCGACAUCGCCGCGCCGGGGGUAGACAUCCUGGCCGCGUUCACCGAGUACGUCGGCCCAACGGAGCUCGCCUCCGACAAGCGCCGGUCGGAGUACGCGAUCCUGUCCGGCACGUCCAUGGCGUGCCCGCACGUCUCCGGCGUGAUGGGGCUCCUCAAGGCGGCGCGCCCGGAGUGGAGCCCCGCCGCGAUGCGGUCGGCGAUCAUGACCACCGCGCGCACCCAGGACAACACCGGCGCGCCGAUGCGCGACCACGACGGCAAGGAGGCGAACGCCUUCGCCUACGGCGCCGGCAACGUGCACCCGAACCGCGCCGUCGAUCCGGGCCUCGUGUACGACGCGGCGCCCGAGGACUACUACAGCUUCCUCUGCUCCAUGGGGUUCGGCACGGCGGACAUGGGGCGGCUCAGCGCCGGCAAGUUCGCGUGCCCGGCGAAGGCGCCGGCCAUGGAGGACCUCAACUACCCGUCCAUCGUGGUGCCGGCGCUGCGCGGCACGCAGACGGUGGCGCGGAGGCUCAGGAACGUCGGCCGGCCGGCAAAGUACCUCGCGUCCUGGCGCGCGCCGAUCGGGAUCACCAUGGAGGUGAAGCCGGCGGUGCUGGAGUUCAGCAAGGUCGGCGAGGAGAAGGCGUUCAACGUGACGGUGACGUCGCAGAAGGACAAGAUCGGGAUGGGCUACGUGUUCGGGAGGCUCGUCUGGACGGAUGGGACCCACUAUGUCAGAAGUCCCGUCGUGGUCAAUGCCUUGGCGUGAGGCGAGCUCCGGGUUUUCGUGCUAUGAGCGGGAGCGGCGAAGGGUGUGUGCGUUUUUUUAAUGAGUAUGAAAUUGUGCCUAUUUCAUCGAUAGAGAAGAAGAGUUACAAAUCGAUAGCCGGCCACAAGUACAAGAAUUUAU